UCUCUGUCUCUCUCUCUUUCUCUGUAUGCAUUCUCUUUCCCCUUCCCUUUUCUCUCUUUCUCUAUCUCUUUUCCCCUUCCUCAUUUCGUACCAACCUACCCUUUUUCCCAGUGAGACUAAUUAUGGUGGUCAUUCGGACGGACGACAUUUUGUUCCCGAGUAUCUUUCAAAGUUGCUAAGAUGGAUCGCGUGCAUUUUCAUUGGAUCGAUAUAGCUUUCUUCCUAUAUUAUAGUUGUCACAGCCUCAGCACUGACGAUCCCCGGGCCAAUAGUUACAUCUCUAGUAAUAUCAAAUGAUGACUGCAACUCAUGAGCUUCAACAACAGCAAAACGUUCAGCAGCAACAACAGCAUGUUCAACAACAGCAACAACAGGUGCAGCAACAACAACAAGUUCAACAGCAGGUGCAGCCACAACAACAACAAAUUCAACCCCAAGUGCAGGCGCAACAGCAGAUUCAGCAGCAAGUUCAACCUCAGCAACAAAUGCAAGUACAACAGCAAGUGCAGCAACAAGUACAACAACAAGUACAGCAACAACAACAGCAGCAGCAGCAGCAACAGCAGCAGCAACAACAACAGCCACAGCAACAACAAAGUAAUGGGCCACAUAAUGUGGUACCUACACAAGUACAAGUUCAACCACAGGUAGCAGCAAAUAUGCCCCAACAACAGUUACAGGGAGCAGUUGCCGUAUCAAUGCACCAUCAACAGCAAGGUGUUGGUGGUGUAUCUAUGGCAUUGUCUGGUCAGCAAGGUGCAACAACCAUAACUACAAUGGCUGCACAUCCCCAAGCAGUUCAAGUUAUUCAACAACCAAUACAAAGUCAAGCAUAUCAUUUGCAACAACUUUAUAAUACUCAAGCUCCAUUACUAAUGCCUGGAAAUUUGGCUCUUCAUCCUGCUGGAAUAAAUCCAUCUUCGAUUCAGAACACUUUGCAGGUUACAACAGCUGGUAAGCCUUUUCAGUCUGCAGCUCAAUUGACACCUCAUAUGUUAACUACAGCAUCAACACCUGACCAAGGUACAGGUCAUCCUGGUGCAGGAGGGACAAAAGUUCAAGGAUUUCCAACAAGCUACUUACCUGUACCCACUUCUGCUACUCCUGAUGCAGGGCAGGCACUAGUCUUUGGGCAACUUGGCGUGUUAGGUUCACCACAGCCUCCACCGUCGUUACAACAACAACAACAGCAACAAUCGGCAAAUAAACAAGAUCAAGUACAAAAGUAUACCACAUGUACAGCGGGUACUCCAUCCGGCGCAAGAGGACCAGGAAUGCAAUUUGCGCUAUGGCAGUUUGCACCUCAAGUGUGGACUGGAUUACAACCACCAGCUGUUCUCACUGCUGCUCCAAAUCAAAUAUUUAUUCGAAGUCCUACACAACCCGAUAUGUUCAUUCAAAGUCCACAACCCAUUCAAGCUCAUAAUGCGUUAGCAACCCAACAACAGAUUCAAGGAGUACAGCAAAUUGCCGCUGCUAGUGGAAAAGCGAAGGUAAUGGAUAUACAACAAUAUCAAGCAAUGAAAAGCAAGCAGAGCACAGGCGGACAGCGACCACUUAGCAUUUUACCAUCCUCGCUGCAAACUGUCAAUAUACGAGCUGCAAGUUCUGUUUCUACACAAACUGUUCAUGAAGUACAAGUCACGGUACACGCACAGAGUGGUAAAGUGAGCGGAAGCGGAAGUAAAGGGCGUGGUAAACCAAUGCAAUCGCCUCAACAACAACAACAACAACAGCAACAACAACAACAACAGCAACAACAACAACAACAACAACAACAACAACAGCAGCAACAGCAACAAACACAACAGGCGAUGCAACAACAGCAUCAACAAGUUUUUAUUCAACAAAAGCAACAUCCUCAGCAACAACAACAACAACAACAACAACAACAACAAUUACAACAACAAUAUCAACAACAACAAGUGCAAUCAUCCCAACAAAUUCAACCUAAACCUAUGAUGGGUAAGAAAUAUCUUUUGAUGAUAAAUAUGGCAGGUAUGACUUUACAACAACAGCAGCAACCCGGAGUAGUCUUAGGUAGUGAAGCAAGACCUAUUAUGCCUGUAGUAUCAGUAGGAAGUGUUGGGGUUGCUGCUACGUCACAAAUAAAUCAAGUACAGCAACCUCCAAUGUCUGCUGUACAACAGCUUCCAUUACCGGUACAAAACUAUUAUCAUACUAUUAAUCCGACAAUAAUAAGCAAUCAAAUAGUAAGUGGAGCAUCGCAAGUUCAAUCUGUACCAAUAGUAAAUCGACCGACUGAACAACAACCUCAUGAUCCAAAUAACGCUACAAUAAUGAUAACAUCACCUGAUCGUAAUCAUCAAGCUGACUGUUCAAUAAUACUGCCAUCGACAAAUCUCUCUGUUGUUAACGAUGAUAAUGUUAAAUCUGCAAAAAAAGAAGAGACUGUAACAAUUACUUCGGAAGAGAUAUCGAUAUCUCAGACAGAUCUAUCAGAUACCGAUCAUUCGAAGGCUCAAGUAAAAGAAGAUGAAAAUAAUAUUUCGAAAACAGAUGAAAAAACAUGUAAUAAUCCUUUAGCUGGACUCGCUAAUACGGUCAAUUCUAUUACCAAUGGUGCAGCUAAUGAAGAGUCAACGAACGUUUCUGUAUCUAUUCCUCUCACAGCAAGUAAUAAACAUGCACCUCCUAAGGCAAUGGUUAAACCUCAAGUUCUUACGCACGUGAUUGAAGGAUUUGUUAUACAAGAAGCAUCCGAACCAUUUGCAGUUAAUCGAACAUCCUUAAAUAAUACAAUGGGCCAAGAUGCAACAAAUAUUUUAAAUCGUAACAAUUCCUCUGAAAAGGAUAAUCACGAAGAACCACCAAGAAAGAAACAUGCUCCAAAUUACAACGUGGAUGAAGAUGGAAACAAUGCUCAAAUUGGAAAAUGUGAAAGUUGUGGUAACAUGAUCGACGAGCAAAGUAUUAAAUUUAAAAAGGACAAACGUUUUUGUUCGACCAUUUGUGCGAAAAGUAAAAAACGUGAAUCACGUGAACGAGAUGUAAUGGAAAAACAAUGGACGGAAAUGGAAAUGGAAAGUAAAACUAUUGAUGUAGAAAAUAAUAAGAAAAAUGGGGAAGAUAAAUCAUUGUCAACAACAACUACUUCCUCAGUAGAUGAGUCCAUUCCGAAAGUAAAUCCUGUGAAAUGGACGGUAGGAGAAGUAUGCGAAUUCAUACGUGGUUUACCAGGUUGUGCUGAUUAUGCAGAAGACUUUGCUAUUCAAGAAAUCGAUGGACAAGCUCUUAUGUUAUUAAAGGAAGAUCAUUUGAUGUCAGCCAUGAGUAUUAAAUUAGGACCUGCAUUAAAAAUAGUGGCCAGGAUCGAUUCGAUGCGCAUAGAAUCAAUGUCCAAUUCUAAUCCUACGUCUAAUAGCUCAUAAAUUAUUUCCUUUUGCAUUUGGUUUUAUAUAAACUUGAAUUAAAAUAAUUUAUGGGCUGCAGAGGGUUUGUGCAAGUAUUCGAUUCAAUACAAAAUAUUUGAUUAUCUGCAAUAUAACAAGACUCAUUUUGUAAAUACUUAAUUUAGGUUGUAAUAGGAGAGAAAAGAAUUAUAUAAUUCAAAUGAUAAUUUCAUUUCUACGAACCAGAUCGCAGUUUGCAGAAUUGGAAGGAAAUUUAUUAAAAAGAAAAAGAAAAAAGCAAAAAGUAACCAACAAAAAUGAUUAUAUCAUUUUUAUAGACUUAAGAAUAUUAAGAAAGAAUUCUGCAGAAGUCAGAGUAUAAGUAAGCCAUUAUUUCAUUUCUUGUAAUAUUAUUAAUAUAACUAUUGUAAAUAUUUGUUAAACUAUAUUAUAGACACAUAAUUAUAUUCUUAAGAAAGAAGCUACAAUGUUUGCCUAAUAUAAUAUAUAAGAAUUAAGCAUAGAACAAUGCUUUAAGAAUGAUAUUUCUAUAUAAAAAAAAAAAAUUAAUAAAAAAAAAUAAUAAUAAGAGAAAAUCGUUGUAAGUCAUAAAUUUCUUACAAUUCUGUGCAAUUACAGUAAUUGUACAAAUUCCUGACUUUAUAAAAAAUUUUAAUGCGAUGCAUUUCGACUUAUAAUGAUUAACUCUUUAAUCAUAUGUAAAUAGCAUUUUAUAUAUAUAUAUAUAUAUAUAUAUAUAUAUAUAUAUGUAUGUAUGUAUGUAUAUAUAAAUAUAAAUGAAUGGAAAUUUUUUUUAAUUUGGUAUGGACAUGUAUAUUGUAUGAAUGUUUUUUCAAAGUACAAUUUUAUAAAAGGCGUACAAUUAACAUAGUCAAGAAUCUGAGUACAAAAUGUGUCUAUUAUGCAGAAUACAAGCAUUGUACAUAAGAUGUUUAGAGAUACGUGCUGUACUCUGUAUUCGAAAAAUAUUAUUUUGGGUUGCGUCCUAAUGAAAAGUAUCAUCUUCUACAUCACUUCAAAUUGUAAUUAAUACAGUCCUUUACUGUAGUAAAUGAAAAUAUUUGAACACACAUUUCUGGUACUUCUGAACAUAUAUUUUGUAAAUGUAUCACUACAGGUAGCUUCAAAUGUAUAUAUUAGAUAUAAAAUGUUUAUUUAAUAUACAAAUUUUAUAACAA